AUGGAACAAAACGACGAUUUCAAUGCCUAUCGUGCCAUGUGUGCAAAUCGAUUGCGAAGGCUUGAAAGAUAUAAGAAGGCUCGAAGUUUUUGUAAUUUGGAAGAAGAUUCACCAUCGACAGCUCAAAUGAGCGAUAACGAUCAUCUGAGUACUGAAUACUUCAGUCGAACACAAAAGGAGAAUAGCAGUCCAUUUGAGAUGAUUCGCGAAAAAAUGUUUGCAUUGAUGGAGAAUGACAUGUCACUUCUUCAACAGCUUCUGAGUCUUGGUGAUCAAAUAAGUGAAAUGAAAGAGAAUGGCUUAAGAAGAACUCAGAGCACAAACAGUAUUGAUGAUCGAACUGAACAGGAUGAGGAAGAUGAUCAGUUUGAUGAAUGUACCGGCUUUUCUGCUUCCAUGUCCGCUGUCACAACAUUAUAUGUUGAUGAUGCUCGUCCACAAUAUUUUAGUCGCCAAAACAGCGUCCUUCGUAUUCCAAUUCCACCUCGUGCCAGUAAUCGAUUUGGACCUAAACGAGUUCCUCGUCGUCCUUCUGACCUUAUGCGUCAUCCAGCUCCAGCCAGAAGCUUACACAUAAACGCAGACGAUUCAUCAUCUGAUUGUAGUGAUGAAGCUGUAUCUCCACUUUCUCAUACACCAUCAACAAUAUCCGGCAAAUCUAACAUAACAUAUUCAAGCUCAAAUGCUUCUGAUUUAAAUCCAGCUUCAAUUAUAAUGACGGCAGCCAAGAACCGAUCAUCUAACUCGAGCAUUGAUUCUGGAAUACGCGAAUCAACAAGUAGCAGCUCAUGUAGCCCAUCACCCACAUUUGAAAGAGAAGUCGCUUAG